AUGGAGGCGGAUCGACACAACAUCCUGGCAGCGACCCCCGAAGCCCCGCGCUUACGCCGCGAAAGAUUGAGCCGCUUCUUUGGCGACAAAGACGGACCCAUCACUAUUAGCGUGGAACCCCUUGAUACCAGCGAGAGAAGACAACGAGCUCAAGCUGACAUUGAUGGAAUUUUUGCAGGCCUUGCAUACCUCGACAAGCGGCGGGAUAGCCUGGACACUGCCGAUACCAAUCCGCAAUCAGAACAACCACUCAGAGAGAAUUCUAUUCUUAAUGAUAUUGGCCACCAAUUCGCAGGCCAAUUCACGGCUUCCGCUUCGACAGGCCAAGUUCAACAUCCACAACGCUCAACCGAGAAUAUUCGACAGGCAUGGACGGACCUCCAAAGCUUACAGAAAGGAUUGAAGGCCCAGUACGAAAGACUUGGAGCGAUAGCUUCUAAAUCAUCCUCCGAAAUCGUCCAGAAGCUUCCAGGGAUUUACGGCAACUCCAGAGGAUUAGGCAAGAUGGGCAUUCUGGCACACCGAGAUGCUCUGGAUUUAAUUAUCCCUGACACUCUUGCCGAGAUCAUUGCUUUCGCCUCAUUUUCCUAUGUGAUCUCGGAAAUCUUGUUGCAACGAGACCGGAUCGUUGUGACCAAUCCCCUUUCCGAUCUUCAGCGAUGGGGACAUUGCAUCCCGAAUAUCAACAAUCGGGAGGCUUUCGUAUCCGUAGCGCUGGAAAUGUGGCCUUCAGAUCAUCCAAGAACAACGACAGCCGAUGCGGAGAAUGGCCACAGUGGUUCUAACCAGCCGUACUUUGGGUCGCCAGACACCACGGAUACUAUGGACGAAGCCUAUCACUUUCAGGAAACUUCAUACUUUUUCGAAGCUUUUAGCGGGUUCGAAGAGAUACUCGCAUCAGGCCCCUAUGGCGCUCCCUCAGCUCCUGAGCCAUCUGGUGUCGACCCAAGAGAGGUUGGAUACUUUUCUACCAAUUUCUCACCGGAUGACGUUCCUCUGGAAACUUUCUCGGCCAUCAACGGACCCCCCAUGCCCACGUCAUGGGCAUCUGCUGAACACGGCGCUGACCUCGGCCCCGAUAUUGACAUAGAAGGGCUCAACACCGCCUUUCCAAAUAUCACCAGAGAGAGCAACUACGUGGAUUGCAACAUGCAAUACACUUCCAUGAUCUCAGCUGUACUAGCAUUCUCUCAAGAUAUCGGAGACUUCUUCUAUCGACUGUCAGGCUGUGGCAAGACCGUGCACGGUGCCAGGCGAGGCUCCGCGUACGCCAGUGAGAGAUCAAAAGUCGAAAGGAGACUACGCAAAGAGAUGCUUGAUCCGAUGAAGAAGUCCGGCACAGGAGACGAGGUUUGUUUGGCUUGGUUGUCAGUGGCCAAGGAGUUCGUUGUCCUAGGGAGCCUGGGGACUGUUGAAGAUGUGCAGGAAUAUUUGGUCACCGUCUCUCGGGAGGUCAAUGAGGCCGGCCGUGAGAAUGAGAGGUUUCGUCAGUGGAUCCACGAUUUCUCCAGCGUCCGUCUCUCAAGCACGAAUGCCCCCAACCAAUCGCACGAGGAGAUAAGGCAAGGGCGGGCGAGGUCGGAGACGCAUGAAAGGUAA